AUGGAUUUAACCUCCAAACUUCAAUUAAUAGACAUGCGGUCCAGUUUCCUCGCCGGAACCGCCCCCAUCUCCCACUCCUUCCGCGCCGCCGUCCGCCCAUUCAACCGCCCCAUCACGACCACCAACGCCGCCGCCUCCUCCUCUCUAAAAAAUCUCUACCCUACACCUUUCUUGAAAGUCCCACCACGAAUUUCAUGUAAAUUACACGCCGUUGCCACUGAGACCUCAUCCUCCACCGCCACCCUUGAAGAAGAAGACAUAGAGUCCCUCUUUUCGGAUAAUAAUAAUAAUAAUUCGGAAUCAUCGGAAAUGAAUUACAAGCGUUUGAACAACAAGAACUCGACCGGGGCGUCGAGUAUUUCUUCUGGGGUUAGAUUAGAAAACAUUAGCAAAAGCUAUAAGGGUCUCACUGUAUUGAAAAACGUUAGCUGGGAAGUGAAAAAGGGCGAAAAGGUCGGGUUAGUAGGUGUAAAUGGUGCUGGAAAAACGACCCAGUUGAGAAUUAUAUCUGGUUUGGAAGAACCGGAUUCGGGUAAUGUAAUUAAAGCGAAAAAUAAUAUGAAAGUUGCCUUUUUGAGCCAAGAAUUUGAGGUUUUGUCGAGCAGAACGGUGAAAGAAGAAUUUUUGAGUGCAUUUAAAGAGGAAAUGGAGGUGGCUGAGAGGCUGGAGAAGGUGCAGAAGGCAAUUGAGAAGGCAGUGGAUGAUUUGGAGUUGAUGGGGAGGCUUUUAGAUGAGUUUGAUUUGUUGCAGAGGAGGGCUCAAGCGGUGGACUUGGAUGAGGUUGACGUUAAGAUCAGUAAGUUGAUGCCAGAACUUGGAUUCGCCCCUGAAGAUGUGGAUAGGCUGGUGGCUUCAUUUAGUGGUGGGUGGCAGAUGAGGAUGUCCCUCGGGAAGAUCUUGUUGCAGGAUCCUGAUCUGUUACUUUUGGAUGAGCCCACAAAUCACCUUGAUCUUGAUACAAUCGAAUGGCUUGAGGGUUAUCUGAGUAAGCAAGAUGUGCCAAUGGUCAUCAUAUCUCAUGACAGGGCAUUCCUCGACCAGCUGUGUACAAAAAUCGUGGAAACUGAUAUGGGUGUUUCCAGGACAUACGAGGGAAAUUACUCUGAUUAUGUUAUUGCUAAGGCAACUUGGGUAGAAUCUCAGUUUGCGGCAUGGGAAAAGCAACAGAAGGAAAUUGAACAGACAAAAGAUUUAAUAAGUAGGUUGAGUGCUGGAGCAAAUUCUGGCCGUGCAUCUACUGCUGAAAAGAAGCUGGAAAAACUGCAAGAUGAUGAACAAGUGGAGAAACCAUUUAUUAGGAAGCAAAUGAAGAUCAGGUUCCCCGAGCGUGGAAGAAGUGGCAAAUCUGUUGUGGCAAUAAAGAAUCUGGAAUUUGGCUUUGAGGACAAGGUUUUAUUUAGAAAUGCAAAUUUGACAAUUGAAAGGGGGGAGAAAAUAGCAAUUCUUGGCCCGAAUGGAUGUGGGAAAAGUACAUUGCUUAAACUGAUAAUGGGCUUAGAGAAGCCCUGCAGGGGUGAAGUUUUGCUUGGGGAGCACAAUGUAUUGCCAAAUUAUUUUGAGCAGAAUCAGGCUCGACUUGCAUUUUGCAAGUUCAUGGUGAAACCUUCAACUUUGCUGGUUUUGGACGAGCCAACCAAUCAUUUGGAUAUACCUUCAAAAGAGAUGCUUGAGGAGGCAAUAAAUGAGUACGAGGGCACUGUUAUUACCGUUUCUCAUGAUCGAUACUUCAUAAAGCAAAUUGUUAACCGGGUAUUGGAAGUGAAAGAUGGAACUCUACAGGAUUAUGCUGGAGAUUACAAUUAUUAUUUAGAGAAGAACCUUGAAGCCAGGGAGAGGGAACGUGAACGAGAGGCAGAGCUAGAGGAGAAGUCUCCUAAAUCAAAAGCCAAAUCCAAGAUGUCCAAGGCGGAGAAGGAAGCUCGGAAGAAACAGAAAAUGCAGGCGUUUCAAGCAGCUAAACAGAAGUCGAAAGGGCUGAAAAAUGCUAAAAGAUGGAAGUGA